UUAUUUUUUAAUAGAUAGAUAUUUAAAUGGUUAUGUCGAGUCCGUCUAAAUUCUAAGAAAACACAAUGCAAACAAGUUUUAAAUUAUUUAUGGAUUUGAUUUUAAAAAAACGAAAUAAAAAAUAAUAAUAAGAUUAAUAACCUUGUUUAUCCACAACAUUAAAUCACUUUAUUAAGAAUAUGUAUGAUAUUAUAAAUUAAAUGUUAAGAAUGCAUGUAUAAAAACACUAAUAAACUAUAUUUAUUUUACAUUUCAAGAUCAUUUUUAUGCUCAUUUUUACUGGCGAUAGAGAAGCUCGAGGAGAAAUUUUGAGAGGAUAUCCGUGCAUUCGUCGUUUACAUCAAUUAUAUUGCGCCACGCCAGGCAACAAAUAUCCAAUUGAAAGAAUUAAGUUAUUUAUUGACGAAAAUAAAGCAUUGAUGAGAAGAAUGUUUGGUGAAUAUACCUACGAACCCGACUUAAACUUCAACUCUUCUUUUCCUCGAGAUCGAUUUGAAACUUAUGACGGACAUGUUAUUCGCCCUCGUUCCGAAAGAUCGAGGAAUUCCUAUAGUGCAUCUAACAACAAAGUAGAUUCCUGCGAAUCAGCUAUUGAGAUAGUGACUCCUUAUUGGGCUUCGAAUAGUGCUGGAAAAAUUCGAGCUAUUGUAAAUACUCAACAUCUGCAGCAAGCAAUUCAACAAGAAGUUUGCCAGUCCGACCAGACAAAACGGUGUACGGGAGAUUGUUCUUGCGAACAAAAAUAUAAAUGGCACAGGUUGUUAUCCUACGAUCCCGAUGACGACUGCAAAGGAAUUUUUAUGGAUUGGUUCCUCUUUCCAUCUUGCUGUGUAUGCAGAUGCACUAAUAAUCCCGGAACUACAUGAAUUCUAAUUCAGAAAGUUUUUAUGGAAUAUUAAAUUUAUUUUAUAAUAAA